ACGAGUUCGGGUUCAGUGAGGGGUCAGACACUCCAUGUCUUGAAUCGCAAAAUACAUCAAUUCUUGAAUAUACCCUACGCUGAGCCCCCUUUAGGCCCACUCAGGUUCGCCCCUCCCUUACCACUCAAAACACCCAAACAGGUAUAUGUGGACAAUAGUAAUGAUAAUCACCAGAAAGUGGGUCUCAAACCAGUCAUGUAUUGGAUAUAUGGCGGAGCACUGAGUUUGGGAUCAAUAUUUCAAGAUGUAAAUAAUAUGAGUGUUUUGGCCGCCAAUGAUGUGGUUGUGGUUGCGGUUAACUAUAGGGUCGGGCCGUUGGGGUUCCUCUACGGCGGAGAUCAGACAGCGCCCGGAAAUGCGGGCUAUUAUGAUAUGGUGUUAGGACUAAAAUGGGUUAGAGAGAAUAUACAUAACUUUGAUGGCGAUAAAAGUAGGGUAACCAUCUUCGGUCCCAGUUCCGGGAGUAUAGCGGUGUCGGCACUCAUACUCUCCCCAUUAUCUAAAGGUCUGUUUAAGAGGGCUAUUAUGCAGAGCGGGUCCGUUAUGUAUAACAGAGAUCGUCCGGCGCUCAGCGCUGUUGAAGCGCUUCAAAAAGCUAAACAAUUAGCUAAACGAUUAAAUUGCGAUAAAUAUGAUGAUAAAUGGUUGCAAUACAUUGAAUUAAUGGCUGGAGUGACCAAAGACGAGGGCACAUCAAUUUCAAUGGCAUUUAUGCCAGAAAUGAGGUGCGAACUCACGGAACGGCUAUUCCGGAAAGCUGUCAACGAUUUGAGCAAUGAAUACCAUAACAUAGAUUCAAACACCCGUAAGGUAUGCGGCUUGGCCCGGUCGGCAAACAUAGGUUCGCAAAACCCGAACCCAUUUCUAAACCAUUUCCCUCAGUUUCCAAUCAGUCCGGACUCACCCCUCAGUGAGGACUGUCUGGUGCUUAACAUAUGGACAGCAAAUACCACAGCAUUAAAGCCAGUGAUGUUUUGGAUAUAUGGAGGGGGACUUAUUAUGGGUUCAAUAUUUCAAGAAAUAUACAAUGGAAGUGCUUUGGCUACCAAUGAUGUAGUGGUUGUGUCCGUCAACUAUAGGUUAGGACCGUUUGGUUUCCUAUACGGGGAUUCGGAGGACGCGCCCGGAAAUGUCGGCUUUUAUGACCAGUUGUUAGGCUUGAAAUGGGUCAGAGAAAACAUCCACUCAUUUGGCGGAGAUAGGGAUCAGAUCACCAUUUUUGGUGAGAGCGCCGGGAGAGUAGUGAGGGGUCGGACACUACAUGUGUUGGACACAAAUGUGGACCAAUUUCUGGGCAUUCCUUACGCCGAACCCCCGGUCGGCAAAUAUAGGUUCGCAAAACCCGAACCCAUUUCUAAACCAUUUCUCAAUAUAAUUGAUGCGACAAAAGCUAAAAACUCAUGUAUGCAAGCGAUCAGUAUUAUGCCUAUACCGGACUCAACCCUCAGUGAGAACUGUCUGGUGCUUAACAUAUGGACAACAAAUACCACAGCAUUAAAGCCAGUGAUGUUUUGGAUACACGGAGGGGGACUUAUUACGGGUUCAAUUUUUCAAGAGUGGUAUAACGGGAGCGCUUUGGCCACACAUGAUGUGGUGGUUGUGUCCGUCAACUAUAGGUUAGGACCGUUUGGUUUCCUAUACGGGGAUCGGGAGGACGCGCCCGGAAAUGUCGGCUUUUGUGACCAGUUAUUGUCUCUUAAAUGGGUUAGGGAAAACAUCCACUCAUUUGGCGGAGAUAGGGAUCAGAUCACCAUUUUUGGUGAGAGCGCCGGGAGUUGGUCGGUGUCCGCACACAUACUCUCCCCGCUAUCCAAAGGCCUAUUCAAGAGGGCUAUUAUGGAGAGCGGAGCCAAUAUGUACAAUAAGGACAGAGAUGUGGUCAAUAAAACUGAGGCCUUAUCUCAGGCCAAAGCAAUGGCUAAAGGAUUGAAAUGCAAUGAAACCGAGGAUUGGAUACAAUGUCUGCGAAGAGCGGACGCCAAAGAUAUACUCAAAUAUGGGUCGACUUUUGCCACAUUCCCGGUGUUUGAAACAGAGUUUUUGCCAAUUCGUACGCAACAAGCUUUUAAUGAGAAAAAGUUUAACACGGAUGUUGACCUAAUCGCUGGUAUUACACGCAACGAGGGCUCAAUGUUUAUUUAUUUAGUUAUAAAGGACCCUGUUCAUAUGACACUUACUGACUUUUACAACGGGUUAAAAGCAUUAGACGAAAACAUCGGCUUUCACAACAUAGAUGUGCCAAAAGUAACGGCACAUUACCUGAAAGGUGUCAACACUAGCGAUAGUCAGGCACUUCGUAAAGCUUUAAGUGCACUAAUGGGUGACCUAAUACUCGGGUGUCCGACAUAUCUGUUCGCCAAACGGUUCGCACAAACUGUCAAAGAGUCGCAAAGGGUUUACUUUUACGAGUUGUUGUACGCGAGCGAGUUUUACUCCAAAUUAGGUGGGUGUGAUAUAAAGACCAUGGGCAUUUGUCACGGCAUGGAUAUACCCUUUGUGUUUGGUCUACCACUUCUCGAUCCCAAACAUCCCCCUCCAGAAGAUAUAUUUUAUGCCAAUUAUAUAAUGAAAGUGUGGACAAAGUUUGCCACCGAUGGUAUUGAUGUUCCGACGAGUAUAGGAGUAGUGAGGGGUCGGACACUACAUGUGUUGGACACAAAUGUGGAUCAGUUUGUGGGCAUUCCAUACGCCGAACCCCCGGUCGGCAAACAUAGGUUCGCAAAACCCGAACCCAUUUCCAAACCAUUCACCCAUAUAAUCGAUGCGACAAAAGUUAAAAACUCGUGUAUACAACCAAACGGUCCGUUUCCUAUCAGUCCGGACUCACCCUUCAGUGAGGACUGUCUGGUGCUUAACAUAUGGACAACAAAUACCACAGCAUUAAAGCCAGUGAUGUUUUGGAUAUACGGCGGGAGUCUUAAUAUAGGAUCCAUUUUUCAAGAGAUAUAUAACGGAAGCGCUUUGGCCACCAAUGAUGUGGUGGUUGUGUCCGUCAACUAUAGGUUAGGACCGUUUGGUUUCCUAUACGGGGAUCGGGAGGACGCGCCCGGAAAUGUCGGCUUUUAUGACCAGUUAUUGGGCCUGAAAUGGGUUAGAGAAAACAUCCACUCAUUUGGCGGAGAUAGGGAUCAGAUCACCAUUUUUGGUGAGAGCGCCGGCAGUUGGUCGGUGUCCGCACACAUACUCUCCCCGCUAUCCAAAGGCCUAUUCAAGAGGGCUAUUAUGGAAAGUGGAGCCAAUAUGUUCAAUAAGGACAGGGAUGUGCUCAGCAAAACUGAAGCCUUAUCUCAGGGCAAAGCAAUGGCUAAAGGAUUGAAAUGCAAUGAAACCGAGGAUUGGAUACAAUGUCUGCGAAGAGCGGAUCCCAAAGAUAUACUCAAAUAUGAAGCGCCUUUUGCCUCAUUCCCGGUGUUUGGCACAGAGUUUCUGCCAAUUCGUACGCAACAAGCUUUUAAUAAGAAAAAGUUUAACACAGACCCUGCUCAUAUGACGCUCAAUGAUUUUCAUAACGGGUUAAGUGCAUUGGACUCGUCGAUCGGAUUACACAACAUAAAUGCACCAAAAGUAACGGCCCAUUACUUGAAAGGUGUCAACGCUAGCGAUUCACUGGCUCUACGAAAGGCUUUUAGCGCAUUAGCGGGCGAUUUAAUACUCGGUUGUCCGACAUAUCUGUUCGCCAAACGGUUCGCACAAACUGUCAAAGAGUCGCAAAGGGUUUACUUUUACGAGUUGUUGUACGCGAGCGAGUUUUUUGCCAAAUAUGUUGGUUGCGAUAUAAAGACCAUGGGCGUUUGUCACGGCAUGGAAGUACCCUUUGUGUUUGGUUUACCACUUCUCGAUCCCAAUCAUUCAACUCCAGAAGAUAAAUUUUAUGCCAAUUAUAUAAUGAAAAUGUGGACAAAGUUUGCCACCGAUGGACAUUUGAACCGUGAUUGGCCGCAACUCUUAAACGAUGAUCCGAGCGGUGCGCCCAAAGUCCACGGUUUGGACCCAAAGGAUUUACCCCUAGUAUUAAAAGACCCGUUUCAUGAAACUUGUGAUGGCGUGUGGGCCGACUACUUUCUAUAA